GUCACACAGAAGAGUUUCACAAGAUAGUUUACAAUACAUAGGGGCAAACCCUUGUCAGUUCAGUUCAAACAAUUUUGAGCUCAAAGCGGAUUUACUAGGACGCAUCCGAUCUGUCUCCUAACAUAAGACGCGAGGCUGCAGAUCCGACGGCGGCGUUAUCGUCAUGAUUUUUUCUUCCUUACCCAGGAUUUAUCAAUUCACCCUAGCUGAGAUUCUCAUGUAAAUUGGGUUCGUAUUGGGAAACAUCCUUCGCAUCGCCCUGCAAUCCGAAGGCCGAAAAACCAAGCGAGUCGCCUGAAUCUUUCCAGCCACCCGGAAGAAAAACUGAGCCGCCGGCCGCCGAGAUUGUGAAUUGCAUUGGUGAAGCCAAUGCAACCCGGUCCGAAGAUGCAGGUCGCUUUUCCGAGCAAGCACAAAGACACGGACCCGCAACCGCCUCCCUCGGCCUUCGCCAGAAUCACCAACGGCUGGACGGAGAGUUGAAACCCGCCGAAGUGAAGGCUGGCUGGGAGACCUCGAAAGGUUCCUUUGAUCGUAGUCGCGACUUGAGAAAAGGCCGCCUCUUGGGCGUAAAGCGAGUAAAGCGAGUAAAGCGGCACGUCCUUUCACACGAUCCUCUUGUCUAUUGACUCGUGCGGAAAGCGAAAGAUUGGGGGGAGGAGCGAAAUUCACGGGAGGCGGAUUUCCAACGGCGAGUCAGAUGCUCCUUGGAGCAUUAACCCGGGCGAGCUUUUGUUGUUGUUGUUGUUGAAAAGGCGGAGCAAAGGAUCGACCCACCCACCCCAAAAAAUGUCAUGUCUGUUCAAGAGAGACCGGUAAAAAGGCGCCAAGGCAACACAGCAACACUCGUGGAGAUACACAAACACACCGCCAGUCCUCCCGGUACCCACGGAGUGGUGAACAAAGUACCGGAACCAAAAAGGUCUGGCCCACGGAGCUCGACGAGCUCGUUUGAAUGCAACACCGGGUUCUUUGUACCGGGAGGCGGGACUGAGAGCGCUGCAGUCGCGGGAAUGAAGGCGCUGGCGGUAUAGAGCCCAACAUGGAGUGCGUGAUUCUGGAUGCGCUCGAGGCUUUGGGAUACAAAGGCACUCUUCUGGAUGAAGAUGCUCUUAAUAAAGCAGCGGAAUGUGGGCUUGCUUCUCAAGAUUUCUGUGAGCUUUGUGUUUGGCUAAGUUCCAGAAUACAGCCAUUGUGUAACCUGGAAGAAAGCAUCUCCUCAACAACUGGUGGUGAAGAUGUUGAAAGUUUACAGCUAGAAAUGAGUGGCUUUUUAAAAGAACUGGCUUGUCCAUAUUCUACACUUGUAUCCGGAGAAAUUAAAGACCGGUUAAAAAAGAAAGAAGAUUGUCUUAAAGUCUUGUUAUUUUUAAGCACAGAACUUCAGGCUCUACAAAUACUACAGUUUAAGCAAUGUAAAGGUUCUCAUUUGGCAAAGAAUGAUGAAGUUUAUCGGGAAAUCCAGAUGAUCUCUGAUGCUUUAGGGGUACCAGAAUCAUCAGCAUCUUCUCUCCCUGUCUCAUUAAACAAUAUAGAGUCAAAGCUUAAGGACAUUUUGUCAAAAGUUCCAAAAGCAUACAUGGAGAAACCUCUGCUAAAAACUCCUUUGAAUACAAAGCAAAUGAAGCAGUUGGAAAAAAUUAAUGAGGCUCUUCUCACUGAAUAUGAAUGCCGCAGGCGGAUGUUAAUGAAACGUUUAGAUGUAACUGUACAGUCCUUUGGGUGGUCUGAUAGAGCUAAGGUGAAAACAGAUGAUAUUGCAAGGAUUUAUCAACCCAAACGUUACGUACUCACUUCUAAAUCAACAAUUUCAAUAGCUCAUCUUCUAGCUGCUCGUGAAGAUUUGUCAAAGAUCAUAAGAACAAGCAGUGGCUCUACGCGGGAAAAGACUAUUUGUGCAAUCAAUAAGGUCUUGAUGGGAAGAGUACCAGAUCGUGGCGGAAGACCAUCAGAAAUUGAUCCACCACCUCCUGAAAUGCCCCCAUGGCAGAAGAGACAGGAUGGUGGAGGGCGGGGAGGAAGAGGAGGUUGGGGAGGAGAUAGAGGGAGAGGUGGAGGAAAUAGAGGCGGCGGUGGAUGGGGUGGAGGGGGUGGGUGGGGUGGGAGUGGUAGAGGAGGUGGGGGUGGCUGGAGGGGAGGGGGUGGAUAUCAAGGAAGGGGUGAUUAUAGUGGGAGAGGAGGAGGAUAUGGUGAGUCAUAUGGUAGAAGGGGAGGUGGGUAUAGAAAAUACUAACAUCUUAAUGUUAACCAACAUGCAUACUCUGAAAGCAGGGUUUCAGAAUACAUUAUUGCUGAUGGGCAAAUGUGAUGCUUGAACUGCAUUGAUCUUCCUUAUUGAUGAAUCCUGGUUGUUCCAUUCAUUUAAAACCACCUUAUACAAAAUUAAUUUUCACUACAGGGAUAACUUCUAUCUAGCCAAGCAUAUGUACUCACGCAUUUGUCAUUAACAGCAAUAUAUACAAGGAUGGAAGCAAUGACUGAUGAAAAACCUUUUGAGUUGCAAAUACACAACUAAAUUGUUAUGUGCAAGUUGGAUGUACAAAUUUGAUGCUGAACAUGCAGAGUAUGUGGUGUUUCCUGUGCAGAACCCAUCUCUUUUUUAAAAGUGUGCAAAGUGUUCCUAAUUGUUUUUGGCUCAUUUUUUUUAAGUUUCUUUGUUUCACAUUAUUGUUCAUCUGGAUUUUAUUUAUUUAACAAGGUUGCUGAAAAACAUACGAUCCUGAAAUUGAUAUUUGCCCCAUCCAGCCUUUCUGGCAUUUGCUCCAUCCAGCCUUUCUUUUGGCAAAAUACCAAGCAAAGAAAGAAGCAUUGGAUGUAGCUUAGCGAAAGUACAUGAGGUACUUCAAUCAAUAUAUUCUGCUAGGAGAUGCACUCAGAUCAGUACUGGUGUUGUGAUAGGAAUGUUCAGGCAAUAAUACUCUGAUUUCGUGCCUGAGGACACAUAGACUAUUUAAAGUUUCAUAGAAUGUAUUCUGUAUCCCAUCUCCACUAAAUUUUUCUAAAAGAAAGGCCAAAGCAAGCUUUCUUGAACAAAAGUGUUUUCUGUAGUUCUUGGUUUGGCCAAAGAUUAUGGUACAUGUGUCUUUUGUAGUAUAUAUAUCAGCAGAAACAGAAAUCUUUUGACUGAAUAAUGGAGUGGCUAUUCAGCAUAAUUUUUCCUGAUCUUAGUUGAAUGCCAUGUCUUUUACAAUUCUGCCUGUUAAUUUUUCUUUAUAUUUCAAGUUCAUUGUUCUCAUGUUCCAAUUAUGUUUCUCAACUUUGACAGCUUUAAGAAGUUGGAUCUCAAAUCCCAUGCUUAUAUGGAAUUCUGUGAGUUGAUUUCUAUGCAUCUUAAAGCUGCCAAAUAUUGAUGUACACUAAGGUAUUAUUCCAGAAAUUAUAUAUUUUAUUUUAACUGAUCAAAAAUGAAAAGCAAGACAUACUUUUCUCCUGAGCCAAAAGUGAAAGAGAUUAUUUUUAACUAGUUUAACCUGUAAUUGUUUAACAUUUCCUUACCUUCCCAAAUCAGAAAACAGUUAAGGAUGAAUAAUGAUUUCUGGUAAUUGUAUGCCUGUAAUUUUGACCACCUCUAACAAUGCAAUAAAAAUUCAAUACCUUUUAUAUGUUUAAAUCCGAAUAGUGUAUUUUAUAGAACAUAAUGUUCUUAUAUAAAUAGUUUGUAUUAACAGUUA